GGUAUUGGUAUUUCAAGUGUUUGCAGUUUUUCAUCAAGAAGGUCAUGGUCGAUUCAAGCGAUCCUGAUCCCGCAGUAUUUCUUGAACAUUGAACGAAAUGGGUGCGCAGAGUCACUCGUAAAAUAUAAAAAUAAUUUAGCAGUUUACAUUUAUUUUCUUCUUUCAAAAAUUGAAUGCUUAUUGUUUUUUAAAAUGGAAUCAUGCGUUUUGAUACCAAAAGAGUUGUCUUUAACCGGAAUAUCCUUACCAAAUAAAAAAAAAGAAUUUGUAUUAACUGUGUGCGCAACUGCUAAUAUCAAAAAAGGAACUCUAUUUUGUCCGUUUCAAGGUACUAUUCGUACCGAUAAAAUUGAAAACUUAAAGCGUCCUGAUGAAAAUGAUCUAAGAUAUCGGCACGGUUUAUAUCACGAAAUUUCAUACAAUUAUGGAAAGGCCGUUAUUCAUUGUAAUUGGAUAAGAUUUCUUAAAAUUGCUAGUUCAUUCGACUCUACUGUAAAUAUAAUCAGUUCGAUGGUUAAAGGAGAUCCAUUGUAUGAAGUUAUAAAGCCAAUAAAAAUGUAUGAAGAAUUAGUUGCUUAUUAUAUUCCGGAAUCCCCCGAAGACAGUAUAUUUUUGACUGUGCGUUCCACGCUGUAUAGAGAAGCAAUGGACUCGAUUUUAAAAGAUACUCCCCUUGAUUUGUCACUAGCAUUAAUGCAUAAAACACCAGAUUUGCCACUAUCUCCUCCAGUCAGUGAGGACGAACAAAAGUCAACCUUGAGUGACUCCUCUGGUUCUUUAUUAUCACUUAAUGACAGCACAAUUGACAACUCAACUGCUUCUUCAUCUACGUCGAUGGACGAAAUAAAUAAAUAUGCAUUAAAAAAUAUUACUACAAUCUCAUCUAAAAAUAAAAUUAACUUUAAAACCUACCAAUACGGAUCAGUGAAAAAACGAACGGGUAAAAACGAAAGACCCUUACUUCCCUGUGAAGUCUGCAGAAAAGCAUUUGAUAGGCCUAGUCUAUUAAAGAGACAUAUGAGAACACAUACAGGGGAGAAACCUCAUAUUUGUUCGGUUUGUGGAAAAGGAUUUAGUACUUCAAGCUCUCUAAAUACUCACAGACGGAUUCACUCAGGUGAAAAGCCCCAUGAAUGUCAAGUAUGCGGAAAAAAGUUUACUGCUAGCAGUAACUUAUAUUAUCAUAGGAUGACACACAUAAAGGAAAAACCUCACAAGUGCAAUUUGUGCGCUAAAUCAUUUCCAACUCCUGGCGAUUUAAAGUCACACAACUACGUUCACAGUGGAACCUGGCCAUUUAAAUGUACAAUUUGCUUCCGUGGAUUUUCGAAGCAGACGAAUUUGAAAAAUCAUUUGUUUCUGCACAGUGGGGAUAAACCGCAUGGCUGUGCAUUAUGUGGAAAAAAAUUUGCAUUAGCGUGCAACCUGAGAGCACACAUGAAAACCCACGAUGGUACCCGGGAUGACUGUAUUAGAUGUGACAAAAUAAUUGUUUCUGAAAAUAUUUUACACAAAAGAAAACCUUGCGACAAAUGGAAUAAUCUGGACGACUCAACAUGUGCUGGAAAACGAGUUCCUUUACCAUCAGUAGAACGAAGUAGGUGUACUGAACAAGGCUCUUCCGUAGAAUACAGCGAUAAAUAAUUUGUACUCGUAGUUUUUAUUAAUUUAAUGAAGAACUAAUUUAUUAAAACUUAUUAUUCAUUCCGUA